AUGGCUUUGACUCCUGAUAGCAAAGUUUCUGACCAACUUAAACAAAGUUUAAUGGCUGAAAUUAUAAGACGUUAUGGAAUAGGACCAGAAGAUGCACAAGAUAUAGCUGAAUAUAUAAUUUAUUGUAUCGUGUCAAAUAAAAGCCAAGAUGUUAUUGUUACAGAAGUUAAAGAAAUAGCAGAUAUUCCAAUAGAUUCUGAAUUUGUUAGUCAAGUUUAUGUAGAACUUCAAAAUAUUGAAAAUAGAUUAGCUCAACAAAAUCGUACAAAUUAUAAUCCUACUUCAACCACACAUUCACAAAAUCAUCAACAUCCACAAGUAAACUCAGUCACUCAUAUAUCUCAAGAUUCAUAUCAACCACAAUCAAGAACCCAAUCUCAAGUCAAUCAACCUUCAAAUCAAGAGUAUAAAAAACCAGAAGCUUCAACUUCACGGGUCACCAAUAGAUUUUCAAAUACUGCAUCAAGAGAUUCUUACAAACCUUCCUCAACCAGAGAUACACAAAAUACAUCAUCAGCAAGGGAUAACUACACUCCAUCAUCAGCAAGAGAUAAUUAUAUCCCAUCUUCAUCAAGAGAUCCUCGAGCGUUGAAUCGAUCAUCAUCAUCAAUACCUCCAACUGGUCCUAAGAAAUUAAAUGAAAAGGAAAGGUUGGCGUUGAGAAGCAAAAGAUUUGGUGUUGACUCAACUUCUUCAUCAUUAUCAUCUAGAAACAAGAUCAUUAAUGGAGGUAUUGGAAAAAAACCAACAGAUCGUUCAUCAAUUUCAAAAAGACCUCCACAAGUUACAAAACAAUUAGAAGCUUUUGUUGCCUCAGGAGGUAAAGAUUCAAAUAAUACCACUAAAUUUGUACCACGUCCUCCAAAAGGUAGAUGUCCAGAUUUCCCGCAUUGUUCAAAUAAAGAAUGUCCCUUUUCUCAUCCAACUAAAAAUUGUUUUGCAUAUCCAGAUUGUCCAAAUCCACCAGGUACUUGUAAUUUUAUACAUCCAGAUCAAGAUCAAGAAUUAAUUGCUAAAUUAGAACAAUCAGAAAAAGAAUAUGAAGCUAAACAAAAGAAUUUAAUAAUGCUUGAACAAGGUUCUUGUAGAUUUGGUUUAAAAUGUGCAAAAGAAAAUUGUCCAUUUGCUCAUCCAACUCCUUCAAAUGCUGAUGCUAAAAUAGAAACAUUAGAAUGGUGUAAAGAUGGUGUUAAUUGUCAAAAUAAAGAAUGUAACAAAUCACAUCCUCGUCCUCCAAAUGCUGAAAUUAAAACUUUACCAUCACUGACUCAAAUAGCUUUAGAACAAUGUAAAUUUGGUAUGAAAUGUACCAAUUAUAAAUGUCCAAGAAGACAUGCUACAUCUGCUGUUCCUUGUCGUGCUGGUGCUGAAUGUAGAAGAUUAGAUUGCACUUUUAAUCAUCCAUUAGCUGAACCAUGUCGUUUUGGUAGUAAUUGUUCAAGUGCAAUGUGUAUGUAUCAACAUCCAGAAGGUAGAAUUACCGCAUCACAUCAUUGGACAAAAGAUGGAAUUAGUGAUGCUCAUAAUGGAAAUAUUGAAACAAAUAAUCGUCAAUUUGCGGUCAAUGAAGAUCAAGUUAUGGAACAAGUUGCUCAAGAUUAA